UAUAAGCCCAAAAAUAAAUCAAAUUUCGCAACCCCUUAAACCCUCUCUUCGAACCCCUUCGCUCUCGCCGCACCCUUCGCGCGCUCUUCUCCUCUCAAAUUCACUAAUCAGGUCCGAAAAUCCAAAAGUGCGGUACAUGAUUCUCUGGCGGCUGUUGCCACCGCAACUUCUAUUGGAGAAGGGAAGAUUGGAGGCGCUUUCGAAUUUUUUGGGCCUUCCGAAGUAUGAAAGCGGGUGUCUUUAGCCGCCGCAAUACCAAACUCGGCCUAAAUGGAAGGGUAAAUGAAGAACGAAAUGGAUGGCUCUUCUUCUGCUCCCCCUCCUCGCAAGUUAAAAUUCGCACCCAAAAUCCCUCCUCGCAAGACGCAAAAGACUGUUGUACCAAAAGUGGAACCAUCUGAGACAAAAGAAGAGACCAUCGAUAAGGAGCUUCUGAUGAAACUUAGAACUGCAAAGACUAAUGAUGGUUUUGGUCAGAGAAAGUCUAAGAAUGAAAAGGAAGCUUCCUCAACGCAAGUCGCAUUUGGCCCAGUGAAUUCUUUGAAGGCAAGAUCAUUUCCUCUUCCUAGAGAUACUACUACUACAGAUGCAUCAUCUCCCAAAAUAGAUAAAGAAUAUGCGGAACCCUGGGACUAUACCCACACAAAUUAUCCUGUUACUCUUCCUUUGAGAAGGCCCUAUUCAGGAAAUCCAGAACUUCUUGAUGAAGAGGAAUUUGGGGAGGCUGCAAAAAGCUCAGUUCCAAAUGAGGAUGACGUAAAUGCAGCUGAGCAACUUGGGCUGAUGGAGGAAACGGAUGAACCACAAUUCCUAUUCUUUCAGUUGCCGGCUGUUCUUCCCUUAGCGAAAAAGCCCGAUGCAUCAGCAGACGCCAAAAAAGGGUCUAAUAAGACAGUUCUUGCUUCAAAACUGGAGGAGGUUCCCGAGGGCCGUAUUGGGAAAAUUCUGGUUUACAAGAGUGGAAAAGUAAAGAUGAAGUUGGGAGAUUUGCUAUUUGAUGUUUCUCCAGGCGCCAAUUGUGUUUUUGCUCAAGACGUCGCGGUAGUUGAUACUAAAGAGAAGCAGUGUUGCAUUGUUGGAGAGCUUGGGAAGCGUGUCGUGGUAACGCCCGAUAUCAACUCUCUUCUGGGUUGUAGUGAAGAUAUAGAUGUUUCGUCGUACCCAUAAACGGCAUUUUUUUUGUUUUUUUAAUGUAUGUCAAAGUUCUUUGUAGAUCUGCGGAACAAAGAUAGUAUGGUAGUAUGGCUUCUUAUUUGCUAGGCAUGGAUACUAACUCUUAUAUUGGAUUGGAAUUUCUCAGUUUUAUACUUUUAUUUA